UUUUUUCCCCCCUGUUUUUCGUUGUUUCAAACCAAGCUGAACGAUGCCGCGCUCUUCCGUCUCACAGGCGAGCGCCGCCACGACGACCGCGAGUUUCUCGCAGCACACCACGAAGUUUGAACUGCUCUUCCGCCGCCUGGAGAGCGAGCCAGUCGAUGCGAUCUUUGUCGAAUUGGCGCGUUUCGUGGCGUCUGCCUCGGCCGAUACGCCGCUUGUGACCCCGAGCGGCGUCCGCACGCUUGGCAAGGACAUCUCAGACGCCAUUUCUGUGGAGAUCAAUGCUCGCCGCUGGGACUACCUCGGCCUUCUGCUCAAGUGCAUUGGUCUUCUGCUGCAGAAGACAGAGCUGCAAGCGAUGCUCGCGCCUUUGCUGAUCGAGCAGGGGUUGCCGGAGCAACUUGAGUUCAUUUUGAAGGGCUGCGUCCCGUCCCGACCUCCGUCCAGUGCUCGGAAGGCUGCGCAGCAACAACCACGCCUCUGCAACGAACCAUUGCUGUUGGCUGCCGUCGAGUGCAUGCAGACCCUGGCAAGCCUGUCCGCUCAUGGCAAAGUUGUCCUUGGCCAGCACGUCGUGCACGACCUGAUGACAAUCACUCGAGACUAUGCUCAACUUGCACUGUCUGUUCAAUCCCUCUUUGAGAUUGUCCGCUGCCUCAACACGCUGCUUAGCACCUGUCAGGAGAACAUGGUGCUUUCUCGCAACCACCCAGAGGGACCUGAGCUGAUGAAGCGAGUGGCAGCGAACAUCUCCAAUGCCGGAGACUUUGAGUUCCAGCGCGCGCUUGUGGAGCUCUGCUUCCGUAUCGGUCGUCCCGACCGGCGCGACGAGUGGGGAGCCUUCCUCUUUGCCGAUCGGCCGCUUGCCGUCCAGUUUGCGUCCAUCGCCUCCAAGACCUUCUUGACGGAUGCUCGCACCUUUGUCAACAAGCUGAACGAUCACAUGGGUAUCGCCCGCAGUGUCGAUUCGUUCCAGUUUGUCGCCAUCCAAGUGCAAGUGCAAACCGGGAACGACAAACCGCGCGUGCUCAGCUACAAGGACAUGCCGUACUGGUUUGAUCUGAACAUGGCCCCGCGCACACUGUCGUUCGACUGCCCGACUGAGGCCAUUGCGGACUUGUUUGAUUGCGAUGAAGUGGCUACUGUGGCUUUUGACCAGAUUGCCAAGUGGAGUGUCACCGACACCACUCUGACGCUGCAGCUUCAUGGCAUCGGAUCGCACGAUCGUCUGACAGUCGGCUUUGAGCUGGAAAAUACCACCGCAGCCAACUCGCUGUGCCGCAGCUUGGGCACCUAUCUCCGACCUCCUGGCGUCCACGAUGCCAAGCAACCGAUUCGUGCAUCAGUCUCCAAGCAGCCGAUUCAGUGCAACAUGAAGGACUUGCUGGAAGAGGCUGAGCUGCUUGCAAUCCACAAAGCCGAGGCUCAAGCUCAGCAGCAGCCUCCACAGCAGUCCACGCAGUACGCAACUGGAGAUGCCUCGGCGGCCAACAAGCCAAUGAGAUCGAUGGAUAUUGACAGUGUCUCGGUCAUUUCCGCGACCUCGGUUUUCCGCAAACCAGUGCCCAGCAACUCUGCUACACCUGCGAUCAAGCGUGGAGCCUCGUCAUCAGCCGUGUCUCGAGCGCGCGACAAGUCGCCGCCGGCGACUACCGGUAGCAAGGCUUCCGGUCGCCCCAAGCACACUGCAUUCGAGUUCGAAGACACUGGCGACAGAGAACCUGGCUCCAAGCGUGUCGACACUCCCGCGAGAUCCAAACAACCUGCAGCCAAAUCUACAAAGCAAGCGGCGCCAGACCUUUCCUCGGAGGCUGACAGCGAAGGCUCUGACAUUGAGGCUGCAGCAAACCGCAACCGUAGAAAUCCGUCCCGACGCGCCGCCGCCAAGAAGACCAAGGCCGCCCUUCGCAAGAUGCGCGACUCGUUCUCGGACGCGAGUGACGGAGACGCCUCAAACGACUCCAGCGAUGACGACGAGGAAGAAGAGCACACGACGCCUGCAUCCGCAAAGCGCCUGGUUUCUCACACUCCAGCUGCGCGUCGCCUUGAGUUUGAGCCCACCCCAACACCCAAAAAGGUGUACGAAUCAACUCGCCGUUCCCGCCAUGAUGAGCGCAAAGAAGAGAGCCUGAAUGGCUCCGACGACGAUGAAGAAGCCACCUACCGCUUUGCCACACUUCCAGCUCUGGCUCCGAUCGAGGAAGAUCGCAGCAAGGCCAAAACGGCACCGCGUCCCGCUUUCUCGUGGACUCCGAUCACUCCUGCCAAGACGCCCACCAAGGCACUCCGUGCAGGCGGUCCCUCUAUGACGGAAGAUCGUUCGGUACGUCACGAGCUGAAGCGCAUGCGCGUGGCCGACACAACGGGGAGCGACGAUGACGACCAUCAGGUGCCCAUUCUGAAAGCUGCCAAUGCUGCACUCAAAGCGGGGGAUAGGGCUCGUCGGGCAGGCACUGCUGCCGUUCCUGCAGCUCCGACCAGCAAAGGGGGCAAAAGUCCAGCUACUACCAGAUCUACCACUGCUACCACCCAUGCCCGCAUCCAAGAAGAUGUCACCGACGACGAGAACGACGUGGAAGCUGCGGAGCGGGAAGCCGCGCGUGAGAUGGAUGAGCUCGUGUCCGCCCUCAACACCACCAUCCACAAGGCGGCGACAACGAAAAAGUCGCGGGCUCAGUCGCUGGCGCAACAGACCGUUGCUGCCAAUCAGAAAAAGCUGCUCAAGCUUUGGAAGGUCCAACGUGGCGAGCGCGCCAAGCUGAACGAAGAACUGCAAACCAAGUUCGCGCUACUUGUUGCUGCCAACCAAAAGGCUCAGGAUAGCCUCGUGGAGGCCAUACAAGCCAUGAUGGACACCCAUCAGCAGUUUGUCGCUGCAACUCAAGGCGAGAUCGCUGCAUUGUUUGCAGCCAACACCUCGCUGUCGGAUCAGCACGAUCGUCAGACCACCGCCGCCCAUCUCGCCAUGCAGAACGAGCUGACGAGCGUGCACAACCGCCUGAUCAAGGAGACGCAAUCGACUCAGAUGGGCAACUUGCGCAAGUCUCUCGAGUCGAUGAUGAGCGCCCUCAGCUGAAAGUCCGGCUGAAUGUCUCUCCCCAACCUUCUCCCCCAUUUCCCCUUCUUUUGAGUGCUACCCGAAAACAAACAAACCCCGAAUAAAUUGCCUUGUAAUAAAACAGAGCAAAAGAUAAACA